UAGGCAAAUGCGCGAUAAUUUCAAAACCUAAACAAUCUUCUGCCACUGCCACCUCACUCACAAAUGUUUCAUUUAGCGUCCUCGCUAUAUACCCAAUACACAAAACGUGAGCAGUAUAAUGUAUUGAUCUUGGGAUUGGAUAAUGCCGGAAAAACCACGUUUCUUGAGCAUCUCAAGUUGUUGUACGCAUCGCCCGACUCCUCCAAGAAGCCUAAGAGAUCCAAAGACACUGCCAGUAUCAUCAAAAGUAAGAGGAUCCUCCCGACGGUGGGUCAGAAUACCACCACUAUAAAAUAUGAGUCCAGUUCUGACAGCCACUUGAACUACAACAAUAUCAACCUCAAGUUCUGGGAUCUUGGUGGUCAAAAGUCGCUCCGAAACAUGUGGUCUCGGUAUUUUACGCUGUGUCACGGCAUUAUCUUCAUAAUCGACUCGACUGACACCGAGCGGUUUCAAGAAUGCUAUGAGACGCUCGUAAACCUCACCCAUGACGAAAAUUGGGGGUCGGCUAACAACGAUUAUGACAAUAUGGUGAAUGUGCCAAUUUUGAUGAUGGCCAACAAGCAAGACUUACCACAAGCCAUUGACUUGGUGACGUUAAAGACCGGGGUGUUUAUCCAGUUGGUAAGUGAGUUGGAAGCCACGGACCUGAAGUUGUUGCCGGUGUCAGUGUUGGAAAAUCAGGGACUUCAGGAAAGUCUCGAGUGGCUCGUGACGCGGCUCGUGUACAACAAGCCUAACCGGGCCCCCGAGUACAAAUAGACCCCAGCUCACGUGAUGACGAUGAUGUAAUGAACUAGACUAUCUUGCAUACAAAAAUAUCCGAUACUUUCUAUUUGCAGCAAUCAGCCCACUACCCAUAAUCGGCCGCAAUUUGCCUGUCACCUCACUAUUUAAUGGAGAAAGUUCCUCGCAAAUUGAAUUUCUCAACCAUGACUGGACAAAUUAGAGAUCCCCAUUCAUUAGUAGAAAACGUCAACGAAUUCGAAGAUGUGGCCCAAGCCCCCAAACACGACCACUCGCUGCUUGUCACGGAUGAGCCAAUACUUGAGCAACUGCAACUUGAGUCCGAACAUCUGAUCAAAAUGAAUGUGGUCAGAACCAAGCUUGACUUGAGUACCGGUACUCAAAGAGACCCCCAUUCGCUUGUGGAAAAUGUCAAUGAAUUUGAAGAUGUAGCUAGACAACCGAAGCAUGUUGUGAGCCAUGAACAAGAUUAGAAUUAGUGUGUGAAUAUAUAAAGUAUGACGAAUUGCUAGGUUGCUGACGUGUGGUUGCAAAACGCACUAGCCGCAGCACCACCACAAUUUAAAUAACCACAUGGCCACCAGGAUUUCAACGUUCACAUGACAGGUACUGCCAGGCUACUUGUCAUGUGACUAGUUGUUCAAAGUGGUAAACAUUGGUUUUUCUGCACCCACUUUAUCUGUUCAAGAAAAACCCUUGCACUCAGUUUAUCGUAUAACUAUUCUAUUCUGUAUCACCUUUAGUCGCUUCACGCUACCCGUAUUUUAAAUGCAUGGAAGCAAUCUUGCGUUUGAGUUUAAUUGGGUGCAGAUACAUGCAGCGAAUUCUGUCGCACUCCUCCCCAAACCACGGGGCAACAGACUCCCAUGGCUCGCGCAGUCGCUGUGCGGCGGCUGCAGAUUUCAGAUUGCUGAAAUUUGAGAAAAUCUCAAAUCAUAGAAACCCUGAAACAUCAUUGCUCUACCAGUCAUUCAACACCAUUGUUGAAGCUGUAUUUAACCAAACCAGUUUGUCAGUCUCAAUUGACUUUUUUCUCACCCAACCAUGUCUUCUAAAUCCCCCAG